AUGCUUUUUACUUUAUCUUCUCUUUCAUUCUGUACGUGUCCCCAAGAGGAAGAAUAUAAUGUUCCAGAUCAAACAACAUCAAUCAAAAACUACGAAUAUGCAAAUUGUUCAGAACUAAAAAAAAUAUAUUUACCUGAAAAUAUUUCAUCAAUUGGAGAGUAUGCUUUUUGUGGAUGCUCAAAAUUGACAUAUAUCUUGAUUCCUGAUAAUCUAACUUUCAUUGGACAAUAUGCAUUUUGUAAUUGUACAUCUCUCGAAUCUAUAAAUAUAAAGUAUUCUAAUCUUAAAACUAUCGAAAACUAUACUUUUUAUCAAUGUUCUAGCAUCAAAACGAUAGAAUUUCCUUUAAGCCUUACAAAUAUUGGCGAUUAUGCCUUUAGUCAAUGUGAUUCUCUGGAAAGUAUUUAUCCAACGCCUAAUCUUACCUCAAUUGGAUAUGCUGCAUUCAUGUCAUGUGCUCAUUUUAAAAUAUUAUCAAGUCCCAAUUGGAGAGAAUAUACUAACCUUAGGUAUAUCGGAGAGUAUGCAUUUGCCAAUUGUCCUAGGCUCUAUUAUGUGCAUGUCCCUGGUAAUGUUUCAACAAUUCCACGAUAUAUGUGUUAUAAUUGUACAUACUUCCCAGGAUUAGAUCUUCCUUCAUCUGUCACCUUUAUUGGAGAAUGGGCUUUUGGAUAUUGCACCAGCUUCCACCUUCUAACAAUGUCUCCAAAUGCUGAAAUUAUCGAACCAUUUGCAUUUUAUGGAUGUUUUGGUUUGCAUAGAUUUUCAUUUCCCUCUAAGCUCAGAAAAAUUGAGAGUUAUUUAUUUUAUGGAUGUUCCUUUUGGGAUUUAAUAAUUCCUUCGGGAAUUGAGUCAAUAGAAGAUUUUGCAUUUGCACGUAAUACAGAUCUUCAGUCAAUACAAUUUCCUUCCACACUUAAAACAAUGGGGCCCCGUGCAUUUACUCAAUGUGAAUGGCUCAGUACUAUAAUAAUUCCGUCAGGCGUUCCUUCUAUUGGAUGGGAAGCAUUUACACUGUGCAGACGUCUUAGAAGUGCAACUAUUGAAGGAAGUCUUGAUUCAAUUAGUAUGGGAUUAUUUUGUAAUUGCGAUAGUCUUACAAAUAUCACGCUUCCCUCAAGUCUUAAGUCAGUCGGCAACGCUGCAUUUGCCCAAUGUUCGAAACUUCCAAAUAUUACAAUACCAAAUGGAGUCACAACAAUUGGCAAUUCGGCAUUUCAAUAUUGCUAUAAUCUCACAACAAUAACAAUUCCUUCAAGUGUUACUUCAAUAGGAAACGAAGUAUUCAUUUAUUGUAAAUCCUUAACAAGUAUAAUACUUCCAAAUGGCAUUAAUACAAUUGGAUAUUAUGCAUUUUAUCAUUGUUCGAAUCUCAGAAGUGUAACACUUCCUUCAAGUAUUACAUCAAUUGGAAAACGAGCAUUUGAGAGUUGUUCAAACCUCACAACUAUAAUUAGUUCCCUUUCUCCAAGCAUUUUGAUCGAUAUUGAUAUUUUUGAUACUGCACCAAUAAAUGAAUUAAAUUUUGAAACACCAGUGUUCUCUCUUCUGACUCCCAAAUUCAAAAUCAAUACAAUCAAAUUCAACUUUACAAAAGCAAAUACUGAUAAAAAACUUAAUGAAAUCCAAUCUUUGCCAUCAUUGGAAAGUUUUUCUCAAUUAAAAAACAUCACAAUUGGGAAUAUCAACGAUUUUACAAUUCCAAAAUCAUUUGUUAAAGGUGAUAAUGUUGAUAUCUUUAUUGCAAAUGAUAUUUCAUCAAUUGAUCCAGAUGCAUUCAAAAAUUGCAAUAUCAGAAAGUUCGAAUAUUAUGGUAGAGCAAAACUUGAUGGUGAUUUCAUUAAAAAUGCUAAAUCUUGCCAAGAAGUAGUAACAUCCACAAAAUAUAGUGGUGAUCAACUUGGUGGAAUGAAUAUUACAAGCAAUGUUGAAAUCAAGUAUGAAGAUCAAGUGGAAGCUACAGAUCAACCGGAACAGCCAUCUAAUCAAUCAGAACAGUCAACUAAUCAAUCAGAACAGUCAACUAAGAAUGAAUUUGAAGAAGAUAAUAAUAAAAACCGAAGAAAUGAUAAUAAGAAGAAAACAACAGGUAUCAUUGUAGGAGUUGUAGCUGCAGUCCUAGUUGUUGUGGCUGUUGGCGUAAUUGUCUUCAUAAUGUACAAGAAGAAGUCAGAAAACAAAAGUGAAGAUGAUGGUAAUUAUCUGGAAGAAAACCCAUAA